AAAUUAUUAUUUCUACCUGAUCUUCGUCGGCUUCCAGUUACCCCUGCUGAAGCUAGCCCCAAUAUAUCAAGUUUAGACGUCCAAGAACACCGCGCCAAAGGUUCCGGCGACAAUAGCUUGGGGGAUAUGUCCGAUUCCGGAUCCAAAGUUGUUUCAAUUAGCAGGCCGCAGUCCGGGGACAGUGAAGUCGAGGAAAAUGAUCGGUCUAUUUAUUUAGCUCCUAGGCGGCAACUUUCUGAGUGGGUCUUCUUUUAUUUGAGUAGAGAAGAAAGUGAGGUAAAUGCUGUGAUGGACUGCAUGACUGCCACUCUUAAGACCUUAGCUGUUCGUGAUGUCAUCAUCAAUCCCAAGUCUGAACUUAAUGCAAGUCCUCAACAAGCCAAUGCAAAUUAUUUUGCAUCAGAUAUUCUGCAAGAAGAGGUUGGAUCAAGUGAACCUCGAAUUAUCCUGAUAAAAAAUAAAGAAAAGGUGAUAAGCAACUCGGACCCUGGGCGUUGUACAUUCCCAGACGUAUGGCCGGCAUCGUCAGUGAGUCUCGCCAUUCUUAGCACCACACAACAACUCGUCAAAGAGACAUGCAAAGCCGAUCCUUUGACUAAACGUGUGCUAAACAGUUGUGGUAUCUCCACUUCUGCCCUGGGCUAUUCACAUUUCCUAUAUCCUCCUAUCACACCGUCACUGUUACAAUUUUUCCGUGCUUAUUUAGAGAUAGUUGCUACUCUCUGUGCCAUUUUGAGCGGCAUUCAUGAAAACCCUCCACACCUCACGCUGGCGUUCUUACCUCCCCCCCUUCUUUCUUGUGCGGGAAAUGUUAAUCAGAGUCUGCCAUAUUGUUAA